AUGUACAGCUUCAUGGGCGGAGGCUUGUUCUGUGCAGGCGUGGGGAACAUCCUCCUGAUCGUUUCCACAGCAACAGAUUACUGGAUGCAGUACCGGCAGUCCAGUAACUACAUGCACCAGGGCCUGUGGCGCUACUGCAUGCCGGGGAAAUGCUUCCCACACAGCGACAGCAUCGCCCACCUGGAUGCCACCCGGGCCCUCAUGAUCCUCUCUCUACUGGCCUGCUUCAUUGGCAUCAUCAUCGGCAUCAUGGCCUUCAUCCAUUACUCGUCCUUCGACAGGUUUGAUAAAACCUUUGCUGCAGGCAUUUUAUUUUCAUCUCAUGUAAGUACCGCUCGCAUCCGCCUGCUGUGCUUUUUAGUGUUUCUGGCCAUGGCCGUCUACACAGGAGUCACCAUUAACUACUACGGGAAGCGCUACGGGAACUGGAGGUUCUCCUGGGUAUAUCAUCGGUUGGGUGUCGGUGGUGCUCACCUUCUUUUCAGGUAUCUUCUAUAUGUGUGCCUAUCGGAUGCAUGA